UCCAUCUCUCUUUCUUGAUCAAGCUGAGGAGGAGCAUCUGUAUCAGUGCUCAGAGCGUGAUGGACGAGCAGCAGGACGCCAUAAAACACACGUCUCCCCCCCGCAGAGAGCAGUGAGCUGGCCGGCCUGAGGCGUGUCGCGGUGCCCUUGAGGAGACUAUCGAUUGUCGCAGGAGAAAGAGGAGGGGAGCAGCAGAGGAAGGAGAAGAACAUAUGGCCAAUAAUGGGUGAUGGAGCUUUGGAGAUGCUCGGUAAAUGACUGAGGCUGACCGAGAGUUCAACCUUCCGCUCGAAAGCAGGUGCCUGCCGUCACUGCAGCUUUGAAAUGGAGUCCACUCACCUCCUGAACACCUCCAAGAAGAGAGUAAAGAUCCACCCUCACACCGUCACUGCCAAAUACGCCACGCAGGCCCCUUACUCCCCUCAACCCGGAGUACACACACACUUCCCUCAACCGGGGGACGAGGGCUACGAUGACGCUCCGUCUUUCGAGGACUUUGGCUCCUUCCUGGAGGAGACGUCAGACAAGAAGCAGCUGACGGAGAGCAGGAAGUGGCGUCUGACUUUGUUCGGCUCCAAAGAAAAGGACACGGCUAACAAGCUUCAAACUCUCGGGGGAGCAGAGGGGAGUGAGGGGGGAGCCAGAGCAGCAAAGGUUUCGGGGAAAGGCGUAGGGGAGCAGCUGGCCAGUUUCGGGGAGGCGUCUGUGUCUGCGUCCCGGCUCACCUGGGUGGGACUGCUAGGUGCGGCGCUGGCUCACGGAUGUUUGAUUGUUCUGACCCGCCUGGCCUCCGAACGCUUCAGCCUCGGCCCCCUGUUUCUGCUUUUGGUUAGAUCCAUCGUGCAGCUGGUCUCAGUGGCGGUCCCGCUGCACAGGGGGGAGAGCCCGUUCGGACCACAGGGCUACCGUCUCCGUCUGCUGUGUUACGGCGUGUCCUACUCUCUCUCCCUCUGCUGCGCCUACGCCUCCCUCACCUUCGUUUCUCCCGGAGACGGCACCACGACCUGGCGCCUGGCGACCACGGCGCUGUCGGCGAUCCUGGCCUUCCUGCUCCUGGAGGAGAGGCUGGGAUUGGCUGAUGGGAUCACCAUAGCGGCAGGACUCUGUGGUUUGGGGCUAGUCUUACUUCCCACGGCAGACGAGAGCAAUUCAGAUUCACAGACUGACCCGGUGAAGUUCUGGCGGGGUGCGUUCGGAUGGUCUCUCUCGGCUCUUGCGGGGCUGUGGAUGGCUCUGGCUCUGGUGGGGUACCGCUCCCUGAAGGAGAGGGUGGGCGUGGGCACAGCUCUGUUCACAGUGAGCUGGACGGGCUGCCUGCUCGCCCCGGCCUCCUUGUUUCUGCUUCAGGAGGGCUGGUCCUGGCCCAUGAGUGCUGAAGCCUGGGGCCUGGUGCUGGGCCUGGCUGCCUGCUCGGUCGCAGCCUUCCUGGGGAUGACGCACGCCCUCACCCGGCUCCACCCGGCGCUGGUUUCCGCCUCUCAGAGUCUGGAGGUACCUGUGGCCAUGCUGCUGCAUCUGGCCAUGCUGCCUUUGGCUCCCACCGCGCCGGAGGUGGUCGGGAACGUGAUGGUCAUCCUCAGCGUCGGUUGGCUGGUGGCGAUAAAGCUGCUCCCGGCUCGUGGGGGAGGGCGGCGUCAAAGGGAGGAGUAUGAGGAGAUUCUGGACUCACCCAUCAAAUAGAAAUCUCUUCUCACCUAUCCACAACUCCUCCUGCUCUUCCCCCUCCUUCAUGAGAUUCAAUCAAGUGUAAAUAAGAGACUGCUAAAUGUUUAUUGGAGCUUAAUCUAUUUUGUAUUGUCCUCGUUGCUUUUGAGAAGUGCCAAUAUUGUGUUGUGUGUUAUAGUGACUAUGUGACGUGAAAUUAAAACUCUCAGAUGAACAC